AAAUCGAUCGACAGCAGCACAAACAAAACCCCCAAGUUUGUGGAUCAACAAACAACUGCACCAACUGCCUCUUCCAGUAAGAGUAACAUAACACCAAUUAGCUCCAAUAACACCCCUGCAGCUCCUGCAGCUCCCACCUCACAACAGUUCCACAUGCCUACACACCAAUCCUCACCCUACAUCUCCUAUGCAUCUAUGGUUGCACCAGACUCACCAACCUACAACCCCCCUUCCAAAAACUCAAACCCAGGG